AUGCUGCCAUUCUCGUCAAUUGUCCUCGCCCUGACAUGCCUCUUUGCCACGCUCCCCGCGACCGCAAAGCUUGACGUGAAGAAUAAGCCACAGAUACGCGUGACGACCUCUUUUACAAACUUUAAUGCGCGCAUCAUGGAUCAUUGGGGAGGCGGUGGGGGUGCGACAUGGACAAUUUCAAACGACUCUGCGCAUCCCUUUGUGAGCAGGCAGUUUGGAGGGGGAAAGAGAAGGGAUAUUCGCGGUUCCAAGACAUUCGGAAGCGGGUAUCCUUGGGACAGCGACGAUGCCAGUACGCUCAACGGACGAGGGUUCCCAUUCGGCGUUUGGCCACUUUGGUGGGGGAACGAUUUUAUGGGAACAGAUGAAUACAACUCGACAAUGGACACGAUACGACCUGGUGGCCAACUCGUCACUGCAGAGGUCAAAUUGACCGAUCCGAAGUGGUACAGGGGCUCGACCAAGGACGAGACGUAUUACGUUCUCGGAGAUGUUCAAAGUGUCACAUUCAUCAUGAUCUCCUUUGCUGGAGAACGUGAUCCAGUACUACCGAGCCAGCUCGUUCGCACUCGCCUCCACACUCUACAACAAUACAUUUGCCCGGACGACGUCCGCCAACUCCACAGGAGCUCGCCACUCCCGCAACAAGUCGAUCGCUCGGAGUUUCGGAAAUGCGUCGACGGUGUCAUCGCCAAUGCACUUCCAAUCAUGAACAAACCGCCUCGGAUAAUCAAGCCGUCCCUCAAGUGGGGUCUCAUCUUCGGCCUCAAUGGCAUUCCAAUAUUGGUUUUAGCCUUUUACACCGUUACUUUGUCCUAUGGUUUGUUGAUUUUGAUAUGGAGACACGUGAAGGUUUUUCUGUGGGGACGCACGUUGACACCAAACGAAAAGGAGCAGAGGGAAGCCGAGCUUGACUACGAGGCAUAUCCAUAG